AAUUUCACUUGCUACAUUUCGCUUUUCGGAUUGGAAUUAUAUGGCGAAACAUUUUUGCGGACUUUUCGCUGUCUGAUUUAGCCACUUUUUGAACUGAUGCGCGGUGCUUUGUUGGAUUAUAAAGCCUUUCGGAGAGUUCAAUCAUGACCAUCUUGGCAAGUUUAUGAUACAGUAAUAGGGCAGCAUGCCUCCUAGAAGCCGGGGAAACUACCCCAAUAGGCGUGCCGGUAGGAAUGGCUUCGCAAAAUUACACAGUCGGAUUAGUCCCGCUCCCGAAGAGGUUCACGAAAUCAUCAGCCUUGAUGAAGAAAGCGAUAACUCUGUUGUGGUGACAGGCAGUAGAGUGAAACCGACGCAGCCUCAAGAACGAAGGCGGGCACCACGCACCACAAAGCCAGCUUCAAGUCCACCAAAAAAUGAUGCGAUGCCAAAUGUUUACCUAGAAAUGCUUCAUGAUGCGUCUGCAUUAAGUCAACAUGAACCAUCUGACCGAGCGUCAAAAAGGCGAAGAGUUGAAUCGCGAUUAGGAGCUGAGUCGCUUGAUUACGAGCCUCAACAUGAUGUUAUUUCCGUGCCCGAAGAUUCGCCUGGCCAUACUACUCGGCCCCCUCCACAAAUUAUCUUCGAUGACGACGAAAGUUCUGAAGAAAGCGACUUUGAUUGGGAAGAGGUUGAUUUGGCCCGGGACACCGCAGCGGAAACUCCCAGUGCAGCUGAAGAAGGCCCAAGCAAGGGCCUUGAUAUUGUCAUUGGCGGCGAGAGAUCUGGUCCAGAGAGAAAGGUUGCUCGGAGGCGGCCCGUUACUGCCUAUGAAAAGAAGGCUCGACUGGACAUUCAUAAAACACAUCUUCUGUGCCUUGUCGCUCAUGCAUGUAUGCGAAGCACUUGGUGCAAUGAUGAUGAGGUGCAGUCGUCACUUCAAGUCUUGCUCUCUAAGAAGACACAAUCCUACCUUGUACCGAAUGCAACUCUAUCACAAUUUCAACGUUCAAGGUCAUUCAUGGAUGGCUUAGCCCAAGCAAGUGAAAUAUGGAGGAACAAGUUUAAUAUCACUGCCCGAGGCCUUAGGAAUGCUGUUUGGGCCGAAAACGAAGAGACGCUCAAGAAUUAUAAAUUGCCGGAGGACACAGAUACACCAAUGGACUUAUCAGAUUUUCGAUCAGCUGCGAAACGAUUACAGGGAUCUCGUGAUAUCGGUGCUCAGCUAUUCUGCGCACUUCUCCGUUCUGUGGGCGUGACGGCAAGGCUAGUAUGCUCACUUCAACCUCUACCUUUCUCCUCCUCGAAAUCCGCCACGGCUCAGCCGUCCACACCAAAUUAUAUAUAUGCCGAUACUGGAAGUUCUGACAGCAGUGGUGAGGAUGACCAUGGAAUUGAUCUGAAUGGGCCAUCUCCAGCCUUUGGCGCUUCGUCGACCGCUCAAGGAGUUGGAGGAGCACCGGUGUUACCGCCUCGAAUAAGACGGAUAGGGCAACCAUUCUUUGGUGAGCCAAGACGGAUGGACAUAGGAAAGCCACCACCAGCUCCUCAACCGAGGAAGAAAUUCCGGGAGUCACCUUUCCCGGUAUAUUGGGUUGAGGUUUUCAAUGAGGCACUGCAAAAAUGGAUACCUGUUGACCCGCUGGUAACAAAGACUAUUGCAAAGCCAUCCAAAUUCGAGCCUCCUGCUAGUGAUAUCGAGAAUACCAUGUCUUAUGUAGUUGGUUUGGAGGCCGAGGGUGAAGUUAAGGAUGUCACGCGCCGCUAUGCUAAAGCUUACAAUGGAAAGACGAGAAAGCUCCGGGUAGAAUCUACCAAAGGUGGCGACAGAUGGUGGUGGAAAGCCUUGAGGAAGUUGAGAAGGGGAUGGGUGUUGGAUCGUGAUCAAGUAGAAGACGGUGAGCUAGCUGCUCGAGAAGCUUCUGAGGAAAUGCCUCGGAAUGUACAGGAUUUCAAAGAUCAUCCAUAUUAUGCUCUCGAACGACACUUGAAACGGAAUGAAGUAAUUUUUCCAAAACGAGAAGUUGGUAAAAUGAGCGUUGGGAGGACAUCCUCGACAGGCCCUGGCAAAGCACUUGAGCCGAUCUAUCGUCGACGGGACGUGAACAUCGUAAAGAGUGCGGACGGAUGGUACAGACUUGGGAGAGAAAUAAAAGCCGGAGAGCAACCUCUCAAAUUCGUAACAGCGCGUCGCAAUCAAGUUCAAUCAUUUGAAGAUGAUGACGACCGUACAGCCCAAGAUGCUGGCGUUGGCCUUUACGCUGAAUUCCAAACGACCCUUUAUGAGCCUCCUCCAAUAGUGAAUGGACGUGUUCCCAAGAAUGCCUUUGGAAACCUUGACGUUUACGUUCCCACCAUGGUACCUAAAGGCGGUUUUCAUAUUGCUGAUAGUGAAGCUGCUCGUGCCGCUAGUAUAGUCGGAGUAGACUAUGCCGAUGCUGUUACCGGUUUCGAGUUCCGUGGCCGUCAAGGAACCGCGGUUGUCCGCGGCAUCAUCGCGCCAGCAGAGUACCAAGAGGCUAUUGAAGCCGUUAUUCAGGGUUUGCGCGAUGAACAAGCCGCAGCCGAAGAAGCUCUAAGAAGCGCCGAAGCUGUUCGUAUGUGGAAGAGAUUUUUGGUUGCGCUUCGAAUCAAGGAGAGAAUCAGCGGUUAUGAUAUUGAAGGCAUGCAAGAAGAAGAAGAUCGUCGAGAUUUAGAAGAUGAGCAAGACGAUGCCGAAGCUGAAGGCGGAGGCUUUUUCAUGGACAGGGAUCAGGUCGAGAUUGCAGAACCAACUGCUCCGCCAUUCAAUGAACAAUUGCAUAUGACUGGCCCUCUGCUGCAGAGCGGCCACGAUGACAAUGCCGAUAAAGGUUCGGCCAAAAUUACAUUGACGCUAGGAGAAGAUUUUCCGGGUUCCUACACCACGCAGCCCGCAGUGGAAUCCGAAUAUGCUGCUGGCGGCGGGUUUUUUGCUGAGGAUGAUGGCGGUGGCGGAGGGUUUCUUUUCGAGGAAAACCUCCCUGCAGACGCAGCUCAUUCAGCGGUCUCGGAGGGGUCUGGUGGCGGUUUCGUCCCGCAGGGAGAAGGCGUCAAUAAUUCCCUUGAUUAUCAUGAGGCCAACCCGAAACCUGGCGACGCAAACAUUUAUGAGCCUCAAAAUAAUUCACAUCUGCUGGCAGAGGGUUCGACUAACGAGGCUGAACCGGUUGGCGAGGAAAGCGAUGAGCUCGAAAAAGGCUCGCUACUUUCACAUGAUCCGGAAGAUGAAGAUGCUGAACCAGAGUGGCUCAUCGAUGACUGACAUGGGGAUUGAUAAGGCGUUAUACAUGUUAUCACGAACCGGAAAUAUAUACCUUAGGCACUAUUUUAUUGCACGUAUGGAAGGCGGCGCAUUCAAACAGGGUUUUUGGGUCAAAAGAACAAAUUUAUCGC